ACAGGGCGACAGGGAGUCAAGUGAAAGCCCCUUGCAGGGGGGAUUCACCUCCCGUAAGACAUGGCAAGAUGCCCGCGCAUCCGCAUUUUUAACUGAAGAAAAACAAGUGCGCGUGCAUCCCCCCCCCCCAAUAAUUUAUUUAUUUUAGGGGUAUUAAUUAUCCGUCAAAGCCUGAUUUCAAAUUAUUGCAAUCCCGGCUCCAUUGUUCGCUCCAAUUGGAAGCCCCGCCCCUCCCUUUGUCUGGCGGCGCAGUGAUUGGUGGACGGCGGGCGGAGGGCUGCCGUCAGCGCUCGGGAAGCCCAUUCAUCUGUGCACUUGGGCGUUGGACUCCGCAUCUUAUUAGCAACCAGGGAGAUUUCUCCAUUUUCCCCUUGUCUACAGUACGGCUACAAAUCUGGGAUUUUUUAUUACUUCUUUUUUACUAAACUUGGCCUCCUUUUUUUUUUUUUUUUUUGCUUGACUUUUUUCCCCUCCUUUUUUCCCCCCUCCCUCCCGUGCUGCUGCUUUUUGAUCUCUUCAACUUAAAUUUUUUAAAAGGAGUGUAUAUAAUCCGCUCUGUUCUCUCUUCUCUUCCCCCCCCCCUUCUGGUGUGUGUGUGCUGCUGCUGCUGCUGCUGCCGCCGCUGCUGAUCGCCCAGUAUUUAUACCAACCCAACGCUCUUUGUUUCCCCUCCUUUUGGAUCUGUUGAGUUUCUUUGUUGAAUAAGACAGCAUGGGUGCCCAGUUCUCCAAGACCGCUGCGAAAGGCGAAGCUGCAGCCGAGAAACCCGGGGAAGCAGUGGCUGCAUCUCCUUCCAAGGCAAAUGGGCAGGAGAACGGCCACGUGAAGGUGAACGGCGACGCGUCGCCUGCCGCGGCCGAGCCGGGCAGCAAGGAGGAGGUGCAGGCGAACGGCAGCGCCCCGGCCGAGGAGCCCGCCAAGGACGAGCCCGCGUCCCCCGAGCCGCCCGCGCCGGCAGACAAGGAGGCGGCGGCGGCUGCAGCGGCGUCGGCAGGCGAGGAGAGCCCGGAGCCCGCGUCCCCCGGCGGCGAGGCGGAGGCGGCGUCGGGGUCGGGCAAGGCGGAGGAGGGCGCCACCCCGUCGCCCAGCGGCGAGACCCCGAAAAAAAAAAAGAAGCGCUUUUCCUUCAAGAAAUCCUUCAAGCUCAGCGGCUUCUCCUUCAAAAAGAACAAGAAGGAGGCGGCCGACGGCGCGGACCACGACGCCGCCGCCGCCGCCUCCUCCUCCCCCGCCGCCGCCGAGGGGGGCAAGGACGAGGCGGCCCCCGGCAGCGACGAGGCCAAGGCGGGCCCCGAGGAGCACGGCGGCGCCUCCCCCGGCAGCGCGGAGGAGCCCAAGGAGGAGACGCAGGAGCCCCGUGAGGAAGAGGCUCCGGCGGGGGAAGAGGCGGCGGCGGCGGUAGAGGAGGCGAAGCCGCAGCCGCAGCCCCGCUCCGAGGAGCCCGCGGCCGAGGAGGUGGUGCCGGCCCGCAGCGCCACGCCCGAGGCCCGCCCCGCCGAGCCCGACGCGCCCCGAGCGGACGAGCCCGCCGCCCCCACGCAGGACCCCGCCGCGUCCGACUGCAGUCCGGAGACCCCCGCAGCCGAGUCGGCCGAGUAACGACGACUCCCACCGCCACCGCAAAAGAAAAACACGAGAAAGAAAUAGAGAAAAGCAAAAAAAAAAAAAAAAAGAAAAAAUUUUAAAUAAGGAAACGGGGGGGGCGGGGAAUCAAAAAAAGAAAAAAAAAGUGGCAAUUUGUGAGAUAAUCGAAGAACUUUCCCCCUCUCCCCUCCUCCUCCCCCCCCCCUUUGUUUGUUGGAGUGGUGCCAGGUGCUGGUUUUUGGAGAACUCGGCUACAACCAGGGAUUGAUUUUAAAAGAUGUCUCUUCCCCCUCUACCCCCCACCCCCUUUAUUUUGUUAUUUUGCGCCCUCCCAUCAGGUCCCAUCUCCAAUCAUGCUGUUCCCACCAUUCCAACCAGCGGAGGAGAGCUCAAACAGCCUCCCUCUGCCUUGUUCCUUUUUUUUUCUUUUGCAUCAGUAUUAAUGUGUGUUGCAUACUUUGCAUCUCUCUUUUUUUAUAAUUAAAAAAAAUGUAAACUUUCUGUUCUGGUCAAAAAAAAAAUAAUAAUCAUUGCCAGACGUGCCCAUAUAUGAAGGAGAUGGGUGGGUCAUUGUAAGGGAUAGCAAAUGAAGUGCUAGGGGCCACACUGGGGACUGGAGUGGUGCACAGAAUUGCCAAGAGAAUGUGCCACAAGGAACGAUGUUUAAGGGGUUAGUCUCUUUCUCUCUCUCUCUCUCUCUCUCUUUCUCUCUCUCUUUUUAUUUUUAAAGAAAGUUAUUACAAUGUAUUUUGUGAGGCAGAGGUUCUAUAAGGUUUACAACACUACACGUCUUGAUUUAAGAAGGAAAGGUUAAAAAAGAAAAAAAAUCAAUACCCAGAUAAAGAGAUCAUAGUCUUAGGAAUUCAUUUAAACCAUAGGAACUUUUCACUUAUCUCAUGUUAGCUGUACCAGUCAGUGAUUAAGUAGAAAUACAAGUUGUAUAGGCUUUAUUGUUUAUUGCUGGUUUAUGACCUUAAUAAAGUGUAAUUAUGUAUUACCAGCAGGGUGUUUUUAACUGUGACUAUUGUAUAAAAAACAAAUCUUGAUAUCCAGAAGCACAUGAAGUUUGCAACUCUUUCCACCCUGCCCAUUUUUGUAAAACUGCAGUCAUCUUGGACCUUUUAAACACAAAUUUUAAACUCAACCAAGCUGUGAUAAGUGGAAUGGUUACUGUUUAUACUGUGGUAUGUUUUUUGAUUACAGCAGACAAUGCUUUCUUUUCCAGUUGUCUUUGAAAAUAAAGGAAAACUCUUCAGAUGCAAUGGUUUUUUGUGUAGCAUCUUGUCUAUCAUGUUUUUGUAAAUACUGGAGAAGCUUUGACCAAUUUGACUUAGAGAUGGAAUGUAACUUUGCUUACAAAAAUUGCUAUUAAACUCCUGCUUAAGGUGUUCUAAUUUUCUGUGAGCACACUAAAAGCGAAAAAUAAAUGUGAAUAAAAUGUACAAUUUGGCUGCGUUUCUUUUUAUGGAUAUUCUGAGAGCUAAAUGGAUCAGGCAAUGCUGUUUAUGUUGUAUCGAGGAGAUUCUUGCGUGCCAUUUAACACCAUCUUUAAAAAUGGCUUGCAAAUUCCCGGAUGCAUGGAAUUUCUGCAAAACAAACGUGGAAUAUUGGGUUGUGUCUCUUAGAGAACUUUGUGGACUCCCUUGCUUUACAAGAAGACUGGAAGCCAGUGGAAGAAUAUGUAUUAUAAAGACUGCUGUUGUCCAGGUUCCAUCUUGAUUUUUUUUUAAAUAUACCAGAUGCAUCCAGCACACUGGAUUCUUGCCUCCUAAGAAAUUGUUCUGAUCUGGAUUACUUUGGGUUGGGUGUUCUUGGCCAAAUUUUUUAAGUCCAGUUGUCUACAACUAGGCUUCUGAACUAGAUGGCCCAUUUAUAUGUCAUAUUGUGCCAUUCCUAUUUUGAUGUCUGAUCUUGGGACAGCUUGUUUUGAGAAUCUCAACCAAAGAAAAUUUGCUCCACUUCAGUGGUUUUCAACCUCUUUCCAUUUGCGGACCCCUAAAAAAUUUUGAACGGAGGUGCGGACUCCUUUGGAAAUUUCGAAUGGAGGUGCGGACCCCUUUGAAUUGUAAGUGUGCGUAUUCACUUACUUUUGAUUGAUUAUAGUCAUCUUUUGAGGACCCCUUAGACACAGUCUGUGGACCCCCAGGGGUCUGCAGGCCACAGGUUGAAAACCACUGCUCUGCUUCUUACCAGUCUGUUCAGUAGUUAAUACUUUUCUCAAGUACAGGUGAGUUACAAAGCAGUUUGCUAAGUUUGUCUAUAAAAAAAAUAAUAGCUUGGUGCUUGCCUUUUUUAAUUGUUAGGCUUCUUGGCUAAUUUCCAGUAUAUAGCUCAGGGCAUGUUAUGCCUUAAUAAAACAGUAGGCUUAUGUAAAAAAAAUAGAGGAGUAAUGGUGUUUGGAGGGUGGAAAUUGAUUCAACAAAGUGUUGCUUCUAAGUUUAUAGGAGAAAGUUUAGUGUUACACUUAUUUGCUUCCAUCUAAAUUUUCAGUAGAAAUGUUCUUUGGAAGCAAUUAUAAUUCAUUUUAUGAGAAAAUGGCACGUUAGCACCUUGUUCCCUAAAGAACAAAGCCUAAACUGAAUUAAGUACAAUGGAUUCCUGCUGAAUGCAUACUUUUUUUUCCUCUCUUCUUUUAUUCAGCUGUCUUACCAUUUUAAUUUUGGCUUGUAUGUACUCUAGUCACCCUGGUUUUUCUCUCUAGCUCUAGAAAUGUAUUGAAAUAUGCUAUAAUGGACAUGGGAUAAAAUAAAUUUGAUGUAAAAUGA